AUGACGAUCAAAAAGGUUGAAAACAAUCCAAUAAAUUUGUUGGAAAAAAGGGAUAAUGAAUAUCCCUACAAAUAUGAAAGUAAAAAAAUUAAAUACAAAUAUAUAUGCAAUUCUAAUAUUGUAGAGAAUAAUAAAAAUGUAGAAGAAAAUGGAGAGUGUGAUAAAAAAAUAUCAUGUAAUUGUUGCUCUUUAGAUAUAGGUGGAACAUUAAUAAAGUUGGCUUAUUUAAAUAAUAUAUAUAUUAACAGUAAUAAUGAGGAUAUAUAUAGACUUGAAAAUUUAGGGAUAAAAGUUGAAGAGGAUAAAUAUUUAUUUGUUGAUUUUUUUAGCAUAAAUAAAUUAAAUGAAGUAUUAAAUUUUAUAUUAAAAAAUAAUUUAAUAAAAGACAAAAAAAUUAUAUUAACAGGUGGAGGGGCAUAUAAAUAUUACUAUACUAUAAUUGAAAAAAUAAUACAUGAAUAUAUUUUAAAAAAAUUUAAUAUACAAAAUAAUGAAUAUAUUUUAACAAUAUCAAAAUAUCAAUAUUGUGAGAAUAUAUCUACCUUAUAUCUACAAUUACAAAUAUGUAGAAAUCAUAAUAUAAACACAUCUAGCCAAAUAAAAUUGGACAAUACAUUUUUAAAUAGUUUUAAUAAAUAUGACCGUCUUAUUAUGUAUAUAGAAAAUUAUGAAAAAUUAAAGGAUAGCCAUACUAAGAUAGUAAAUAAUGAUAGCACUGAUAAAAUGAAAAUCGAUUUUAAUAAUAAUACAGAACUACUUCUUGAAGUUUGUAGAAAAGAUGAAAUGCAAUGUGUAAUAAAUGGAAUAUAUAAAUUAUUUAAUGUAAAAAAAUCUAUUAUAAAAUAUGAUAAUAUAUUAAAAGCACAAGUACCAAUACAAAUAAAAUCACCAAUGUACCCAUUUAUUGUAGCUAAUAUUGGAUCAGGAAUAUCAAUUUUAAAAUCUGAUGGUUAUGGAACUUUUCAACGAAUAGCAGGGACAUCAAUUGGUGGUGGUACAGCUAUGGGACUAGCUACAUUAUUAUUUGGUAAAAUUACUUUUGAUGAUUUAAUUAAAUUAUCAUAUAAAGGGAAUGCAAAUCUCGAUUUAAAAAUUAAAAACUUGAAAAAUGAUGCAAUAAAUAAUGAAUAUGUAAAAGAUAAUACAAUAGUUUCACUAUUUGGCUUAACCAAUAAUAUACUUGAAAAUACGAGGACAGAAAAAAUGAAUCAAGAUAUAGCUAGAAGCCUAAUUUUGAUGGUCUCAUAUAAUAUUGGCUAUUUAGUAUAUCUGCUAGCUAAAAUACAUUUAGUAAAAAGAAUAUUUUUUUCAGGAAAAUAUAUAAACAAUAAUGAAUACAUUAUGGAAUCAAUAGCAAAUGGUGUAUAUUACCAUUUCCAUCAUUAUAGUAAACAUGUUGAAAAUGUUGGCAAACACAAUUUAUUUAAUAAUUGUGGGGAUAUAGUAGAUUUGUCUGGCUAUAAGCAUGAAGAUAUAAAAGACAAUUUUCAUUUAGGAUCUUACGUCCCAAUGGAUAAUAAUGGCACAUUGCCCGAAGUUCUUUUUCUUAAGCAUGAUGGUUUUUUAGGAGUUAUAGGAGGAAUUUUUUCAUAA